AUGGCACAAGCUCCUGAAAAGGUCGACCCCGCGCCUCUUGGCCGGCCUCUUGCCUUUGAGUUCAGCGGCAAGACGGCCAAGAACCGCUUCAUGAAGGCUUCCAUGUCUGAACUGCAGUCAAGUUGGGACGACAAGGACUUUACCAAGAGAGGAAUUCCCACAAAGGAGCUGGUCAACCUUUACAAGCUAUGGGGUGAGGGUGGAUAUGGAGUCAUUCUUCUCGGCAACACCAUGAUCGAGUACGACCAGCUUGAGGGCAUCGGAAACCACAUUAUUCCCUCGGAAGCACCAUUUUCUGGCGAGCGAUUUGAGAGAUUCAAGGACAUCGCCACGGCAGCCAAGGCGCAUGGCAGUCUCGUUUACACACAGCUGAGCCACCCGGGUCGACAAGUUACGGACAACAUUCAGCCGAACCCCAUCUCCCCGAGUGAUGUACAGCUAAUGGUUUCUGAAUUCGGCACAUUCGCUAAGCCGAGGCCGAUGGAGAAGGCGGAUAUCGAUCACAUUAUCAACUCGUUUGCCCACGCAGCCGAGUAUUGCUACAAGGCCGGUUUUGACGGUGUUGAACUCCAUGCCGCUCAUGGUUAUCUCUUGGCUCAAUUCCUGGCACCGUCGACAAACCAGCGGACAGACGAGUACGGCGGCUCGCUGGCCAACCGCGCGAGAAUCAUCUUUGAAAUCACAGAUGCCAUCCGCGCCCGCGUCCCCGACAAGUCGUUUAGCAUCGGCAUCAAGCUCAACAGCGCCGAGUUCCAAAAGGGCGGCUUCACAGUCGAAGACUGCAAAGUCCUCUGCGCAGAGCUCGAGAAGAACCACUUCGACUGGGUUGAGCUUUCGGGUGGCACGUACGAGGUUUUGGCGUUUGGGCACAAGAGAGAGUCUACCAAGAAGCGAGAGGCGUACUUUAUCGAGUUUGCGGAAAUGGUCAUCCCCGAGCUGAAGAAGACCAAGGCUUACAUCACGGGCGGCCUGCGCACGACUGCUGGUAUGGUCAAGGCGUUGGACAAGAUGGAUGGAGUUGGCAUCGGACGCCCAGCUGCUCACCAACCCGACUUGCCGCAGAAGAUUCUCGACGGUGUUACUGAUGCCGCCAUUAAGCCGCUGAUUAACGAGGACGUCUUUAUGAUCACCAAUGCCGCCGCUUCUAUACAGAUGUUGUUGGCUGGUCUUGGCCAUGAGCCACUCGAUCUGAGUAGACCUGACCAUGAAGAGGUCGUCCAGCGCGCAAUCCAGAGAUGGCUGGAGAAUAGGCAGAAGGGCGGACUACCAGGCUCUCCCCAUAUCGAGGGCCUUGAGCUUCAGCCUUAUGGAACAGCCUACGCAGCAGCCUAA